AUGACUUCCACCAUGGCCGCCAAUGCAAACAACGUACACAACGUACGAUCCAACCGAGCCAAUAUGGGUUCAUCUGGCAUGAACGGUGACCGCUCUCGCGGUUCGAACAACGGUGUUGGCAAAGGAUUCGGCAAAUCGAGCUGGAAUAGUAACAUCUGGGGUGACUCCAACCUGGGAGGUGGUUUCGAUGAACAACACAUGAACGAUACUGCGUUUGAAGGAAAGUCGGGUUCAGGGUCGCUGCUUUCUUCCUCUGAAUCCGAUGGCUGGGCUGGACGUCCCAACCUUCCCUGGAGUACUGUCAACACAACCGCUUUGCCCAUGGGCCAGAACCGCAGCAUGGCGACCUCUCCAAAUCAGACCCGUGCCAAUGAUCGAAGUGCUCCGGCUAUGAACGAUGCGGCUGAUUCCUCCUACUUCGCUCUGCCUCGCACGACUGGAAUCGGCACCUCUGCUGGCACCGCUAGCCACCGUCCUUACUUCAACGGAUCCGAGGGUGCUUCUCCGUCCGGAGAAGGUAUGUCCUUCGGUGGUUUUCCUGCCCUCCGCAACGGUGACGGUCGACGACAGGUGAGCUCUGCUGGUUUGGGAACCAGCCCUGUGGGGAAAGCCUUUCCUGUCCAGUCUGGGUUCAACGGAUCUCUCGAUAGUUCGCGACAGGAAGAUAUGGCCGCGAUGGGCAUCUCAUCCCUGGCCUCUGGCAUUCCUGACGGCAUGUCUCCUCCGCAGACUCGCAACACCCUUUCUCACAUGUCUCACAACUCGGCUUCCUAUGCUCAACGACCCGUCCACUCUGCCCAUCCCUCUUAUUACUCGGACAACCAUAGCAUGGACGGCCGUUAUGGCAAUAACUCAAUUGAUCUCAGUGCGGGCCUCAACAAGAUGCAACUCGACAACGGAUUCUCAGCUCAAGUUGCUCAGCGCCCGCCAUAUGUCCCUCACGCAUCAUUUGAUAGUUCUCUCCCGCGCGGCAAGUUCCAGAACAAUGAAGAUACCAGCUACCAGGCCCUUGCUGGAUAUGGAGCUGAAGGUGCGCAAGAUAUGCACCUGGCCUACCAGCCUCGUUCGCGUGGCGGUGAUACUGGUUCUAUCUCUCCUUCCGAGUACGCUCGCAUGGAAAGCCCUCUCUAUGCCGGAGCUGAUGCUCAGUACCGCAACUCCGGUGGCCGCAUGUCUGAGAACCAGGCUGCGGCUUUCGAGCGCAGACUGCGAAACUUCCAGGAACAAGACUUCGUCCAGCCCCAGCGCAUGCAGAUGCCCCAAUCAUACGACUACCAGGGUUACCAGCAAGCCCGUAUGAGUGCGCUCCAAGGUUUCUACCCCAUGGCACUCUCGGGCGGACUAGGCGCGGCUGCUCUCGUCGGUCGACCUCACCGCGAGCAUGACCCCACGCAGGUUGUCCGCAGCCCCCUACUGGAAGAGUUCCGUGCCAACAGCAAAGGCAACAAGCGCUACGAGCUCAAGGACAUCUACAACCAUGUCGUUGAGUUCUCUGGUGAUCAGCAUGGAUCCCGCUUUAUCCAGCAAAAGCUCGAGACUGCUAACAGUGAUGAGAAGGAGCAAGUUUUCCGAGAGAUUCAGCCCAACUGCUUGCAGCUUAUGACCGACGUCUUCGGCAACUACGUUGUGCAAAAGCUCUUUGAACACGGCAACCAGACCCAGAAAAAGAUACUCGCAAACCAGAUGCGCGGCCACGUCCUCGCUCUUUCCACCCAGAUGUAUGGAUGCCGUGUGGUUCAAAAGGCCCUCGAGCAUAUCCUCACGGAUCAGCAGGCCGCCAUGGUUAAGGAACUGGAGAAUCAUGUGCUUAAGUGUGUGCGUGAUCAGAAUGGCAAUCACGUCAUUCAGAAGGCCAUCGAGCGUGUCCCCUCACAAUAUGUCCAAUUUAUCAUCAACGCUUUCCGAGGCCAAGUCAACCGCCUCGCUGCUCACCCCUACGGCUGCCGCGUCAUUCAGCGCAUGCUUGAGCACUGCGAGGAAGUCGACCGUGAAUCCAUCCUGGGCGAACUCCAUGCUUGCACCGCCAACCUAAUCCCCGAUCAGUUUGGUAACUACGUGAUCCAGCACGUCAUCGAGAAUGGCGAUGCGAAGGACCGUGACCGCAUGAUCGUGAUCGUCAACUCGCAGCUCCUUGCUUACUCUAAGCACAAGUUUGCCAGCAACGUGGUCGAAAAGAGCAUUGAGUUUGGCGAUGAGGGCCAGCGCAAUCACAUCAUUUCUACUCUCACUUCCUCCAACGAGCGAGGCGAGAGUCCUCUGCUCGGCCUCAUGCGUGACCAGUAUGGAAACUAUGUCAUCCAAAAGGUUCUUGGUCAAUUGAAGGGCGCCGAGCGCGAGGCCCUCAUCGAGCAGAUCAAGCCUCUCCUGAGUCAGCUGAAGAAGUUCAGCUAUGGAAAGCAGAUUGUGGCAAUUGAGAAACUCAUUUUCGACCCCAACUCUCCCACCACUGGUCCUCUGCAGCAUGUCACCUCCACCACUCCCCCGACCUCCCACAAAUCCUCCCCUCAACCCUCGAAGCGCACCAUCCCCACCAUGGAGCCGCCUCGGGCCUUUGUCGGCACGGCACCGCCCACUCCUCCCCCAACAGACAACCAGAGUACUGUUGACGGAUCUUUGGAGCCUAAGGGCCUUGCCAAGAGCAUUGUGACCUCGGUUUCCAGUCCCGAGACCGCCAACACCGUCCCGGUCGAUGUCACCAGUGCUCACUAA